AUGCAGGGAUACUCAUUUGCGCCCCCAGCGGGGCCUCCCAGAGAAGGCCAAAAGAAUUAUGUAUUUGUCGAUGAGCAUAACCGGCACAAGAGGUUGAAAGUGAUGCGAGCCUGUAAUGGUUGCCGGAAGAGGAAAAUUAAGUGCGAUGCAGCUACAACAAACACGUGGCCUUGCUCGGCGUGCACUCGUCUGAAACUCGUUUGUGUUCCUCCCACCAUAGGACAAGAUGGGGAUUUCCUCCCAGAUGGCCAGGGCGAGUCUGCUUUGGAGACUGGUCCCUCCAGCUCAGGCGAAGGCUCCCAUGCAUUCCCAGUACCCCCGGUUUACAGGGAUAACAGCCAACCUACCAUGAAUACCAUGCCAUCGUAUGACCAGAUGAGCAUGUACUCCCAAUUCGUCCCCCCUCCCCAUCCCCAGGCCCAGCCGGCCAUGUACAAUGAUCUUCGCUCGCCGCCAAUGGCAAUGUCACAGCAAGUUUACCAACAACCUCACAUGUAUACUGGCCCUCAAACCCCAUCUAUGGGAACAUCGGAUCGAAACAUGUAUGUUGAUAAUGACCAGUCAACGGCGGAGAAUCUCAGUGAAGUCCUUGGGGAGCUCAAGAUUGACGAGAGUGGAAUCGCUCCAUAUAUCAGAAGGCAAAGAACGGAUCGAGUUGAACCAGAUGCCCCUGUCCAAGAUGAGGUCGAAGAGCGAUUGCCACCUCUAAGCACCGGAUCAGGCGCGACAAUUCGGAUUCCACCUGAGCUUAUGCCUGAGGAAGAUGAUGUGAUGGCUUAUUUCAAGAUCUACUUUGACGAGAUACAUCCCUAUGUUCCUGUCAUCUCACGAGCCCAUUUAUACUAUCAGUGGCAGCAUGAUCGUCGCUCCAUCUCCCCUCUUCUUCUCGAGGCUCUAUUUGCAUGUGCAGGCCGUUUAUCCGAUGAGCCUGCCGAGGGAGCUCAAUGGCUUGCUUUGGCUAACAGACAUGAAACUAGCUUUAUGGAUGUGCCGCGGCUGAGUACUAUUCAAGCAUUACUUCUUUUGUUGAAAGCUAGGGAAUCUCUGCCAAAGAAAGGGUACUAUUAUAGAUCCUGGCAGACUGUUAAAACCAUUGUCUCCAUGGCAAAGGAUUUGGAUAUCCACGAACACUAUAGCAAUCAUGCUGAAGGCAAGCCCUGUGGUCUCAACCCAAUUGAAUGCUUGGUGCAUACCCGAGUGUGGCAGGCUCUGUUGGUAGUUGAGGUCAUGAUUGGUGCACCUCAAGGCCGUUCGGAUUACGGAGUCGACCCCGAAACAGUGGACAUGCGUCCGAUGCUACAUAUCAGAGGUCUGGAUCAAUACGAGAUCGACCGCUCGAGACAUUACGCCUACUUUGUUCGCAACGCACAUCAUAUCCGCAUCAUCACGGACAUCUACCACAAGGUCAAGAAGCAAAAGGAUUGGGGCGCAGAUUCGCGAUUCGUACAGAAUAACCCACUCUUCGCUGAUUGGCUUCGUAACCUCCCUCUCGAUUUACAGGUCAACUACCCUGCUGAUGGCUCUCCACCAUGGCUUCCCUCUCACUUUGUGGGCAAUAUGCAUUGCCAUUGCCAUCUGGCUAUCAUUUUGCUACAUCGCCCGCAACUUCUCGCCUCCCAGUCCUUCGCUGCUGGGGGUGAAUGGAAGAUCCACAUGUCAUUGUGUUAUUCCUCGGCAAAGAACCUAUGUCGACUACAGGAAGCCAUUUUGCAACGAUUCGGACUGUCUGGUCUACUCUAUAUGCAAAGAGGUAUCAACUUCGCUAUUUAUUGCAUCUUGACUUGCACAAUGUUGCAUCUGGUCGCCAUUACUUCCCCCGACCCUGAAUUCAACUCAGAUGCCCGUGAAUUUUUCACUCGUCACAUGAGAAUUCUAGAAACCUGCUCAACUGCCUGGCCCAUGCCUGAGAUCCAGGCUCAAAUCGACUCCCUAAGGCUGGCGUUCUCCGCUGACAUGCAUCGUCCAUUUGAAUUGAAACCCAGCUUCCCAUACGGUAGUCCUUCGGAGCCCUAUCAGCCCAGUCCACCAAUGGAUGCGCAUUAUCAUCCGCACUUGAAUCAAGUCCAAUCCAGAGUGGGUUUCCAUACGCUUCCAAUAACCCCUCCGAUUUCGGCUGGCGCUGAAGACUCGAAGUCCGACACCUCUUCUCAGUUACAAUCCCUCGGAAUGGUUGCCCAUCAACCCCCGACUACCCAUCCCAUGGAUGCCCCUUUGGUCGACGAAAACAACUGGGAUCCCACCCGAAUUAUCACACAAUGGGACAUGGCCUUCUCCGUGAAUCCUUCAACCGUUAGCACGAAUUCUCCCCCGAUGCCUAUGAACACUUCCGUCCCAGGUGUACAAAAUGUCAUGAACUCUCAAUAUCCCAUUCAGUACGAAACACCUAACAAGGUCCCCUCCGUCACCUCAACCCAAUCCCUAUCCCCACCGCAGUUCCAGGCGCCCCCUGUUGUAUUUUCCGCGCGAGAUUGGCAACAAAGUGUUGCUAGUGUAUAUGACCCACAGGGGUCGAAAAGACGGUGGAAUUAUUCAGUUGACAUGGGCUCGGACGGCAUGUCCAAGCGCCAGCGAGGAUAA